AUGCUGCGCGGUGACCUCACAAGGACCGUGCGCAGUACUGAAAAAAAAGGAUCGUCUGUGGUGCUGGUCAUGGGACGCUACGCGCACAUUGGCGAGGAAGCAGUGCUGCGUCCGCCGGCAAAGACGCACCAGGGUUAUGUCAAGAUCGGGUGCGACUGUGUGAUUGGCCCGUUUUGUGUGGUGCGCGACUGCGCCGUGGUCGAGGACGGGGCUGUUCUUGCGCCGAAUACGGUCGUGCCGAGCAUGGCGAUUUUUCGCGGGAAUCCAGCGCGCCUUGCUGGGUGGCUGCCCGAGUCGUUUGCAGAGCGCUGGGAGGACGAGAUCCGCGCGCAGUACGCUGCAUUUGACGCUCCAGACACUACAUAG